AUGAGCUCACCGAGCAACCCCCUGGGGUCGGAACCCCUGCGCACGCUCCCCGAUAUGCUGGCUCACUUUAGGAUCGCCGCCAAGUACCUCUCCCUCUCGCUCAACGAUGCUCAUACGGCACGGUCACCCCGCCCCGUCCAUCCUUCUCGUGCUCGUAUACGCCGCGUCGAGCUAAGAAAGGAGAGGUCCGGCUCGAGGUGCGAAUAUCUUCUCGUAUUUGUCACUCUAGAUGGCAGGCCGUGGACGGAGGCCCCGCUGGGCGUCAUCAAAUGCGAGCGCAAUGUCUUGUCUGAAGACCGUGACCCUAUGAAACCACACCCACCACCCACCACCCGCAUCGCCUACUGGCUUUACCUUGCCUCUUCCUUGUACAGCUUCCUCAAGGGCGGGCUUCCGCCCUACAAUGGCGACCUAUUCACACUAUACAGUCCAAACGAAGUGCUUACAUCCAAGCCCAUCCAACGCUCCUGGACGCUGUAUACGCACGAAUACACUACGCUCCCUGCCGCAGGACCUGUCGACGUCACCGAGCCUCAGCCUGAAUUCCCGCACUGGUCUCGGGAUGUCACAGUGCCACCCACACUCUUCCACCUUGCCGCUGCUGCGUGUCUUCUCGAGAAGCAGCAACCCGAAUACAUUGUCCCUGACCGCCAAUGCUUUUGGUAUCCGACGUUGCUCUUCUAUCUGCUCGUCGGUCAAGACGCUCUGGUCGCGGAGGUCGAACACGACGCGAAACGGGUCGCCAUCGAGGAUGCGUAUUGGCCCGAAGCCUCCCGGGGCAAAUCUCCUUCUGCCUCCAAUGAAACUUUCCCCGCACACCCCGGAACGUUCCGCGACUUGUUUCAGCGCGUCACCCGCAAGGACAUCGAGGAUCUUUGCACGGAAGAGGAGCUGGACACGAUCGCCUGCGAGAGGCAGCUCGCCAAGUUAUACCGUGUCCUGCAAGAUGCGAUGUUGGAUGAUCGAGAACGCCAUAGGAAUUGGGGCCCGCUUGCCGUGCCAGGCAAGGAAGCUGUGAUCGACGCUCUUGGAAGCACGAUUCUAGACAUGGAACUGGAGAUAGAGAGGGUAACCGCUCGAAGGGCGAUUGAGGCCGACAGGAUAGCGGCAGCCAUCAAGCUCGAGGCAGAGCGGGCAGCCGCGGCCAAGAGGCUCGAGGCGGAGACUGCCGCAGCGUUCAGGGAGCUGGAGGAGGAGACGGCGGCCAACACCAGGAAGUUCGAGGCGCAGGAGGCGGCAAUGCGCAAAGAGCUCGAUGCGGAGCUCGCCCGACUCGCAGCCGAGACGGCGGCCGCCAAUGCAAGGGAGGCGGCGGCAGCCGCCAAAUACAAACAGAUGGAGGAGCACCUUGCGGCGCUGACGGCGGCACGCGUAGCCGCUCUCGCUCGAUACUCAAACUUGGAGCGUCGAGCUGCGUCUGAAGGUGCAGCUCCGUCCAAUGCUGCGUAG